CUGACACGCACUACUCGCCCUCUUUUUUUUUCUUUUCUUCUAUAUACAUAUCUCUUUAUAAUGGCCGCAUCAAGCUCUCAGGGAAUCAACACACUUUUGGAUGCUGAACGUGAAGCCGCCAAGAUUGUCCAAAAGGCCAAGCAGUACCGUGUUCAGUGCCUGAAGGAUGCUCGUUCCCAGGCUACCAAGGAAAUUGAGGAACUCAAGACCCAAAAGGCUGCCGAGUACCAGGCCUUUGUUGCUCAACACUCGGGUCAGUCUGAUGAGACUCUUAAUCAAGUCAACGCCGAGACUGAUGCCAAGAUUACUGAGCUCCAGGCUCUUUACGAGGAACACAAGAGUGAUGCUGUUGAAAAGUUGUUGAAGGCUAUUGUCACAGUCCAGGCUGUUCCCCAUCAGAAUAUCCGUGUUUAAGAAAAAUACGCACAAACAAAAUAUGACCAAAACCCAGAAAAAAUAAUAAUAAUUAAAGGUUGAAAGAAUUGUACACCAUUAAAGAGUAAAUGCCAUCUGGGAUACCCAUUGGGAUACCUAUUUUUAUAAAUAUAUAUAUAUUGUAUAUUUA